AUGUCAGACCUUCCACACGCGGAAAAGCACCCAAGCAACAGCGACUUAAUGCGCAAUUUCAUCAUCGGCUUUAGCGAUGGGCUCACGGUUCCUUUCGCCCUUACUGCUGGCAUAUCUGCUCUGGGCUCUCGAAGACUUGUUAUCCUUGCAGGAGUCGCGGAACUUGCUUCUGGCGCCAUAAGUAUGGGCCUCGGCGCAUACCUGGCUGCCGCAGCGGAUGCCAAACAGUAUGCAGUCGAAGAAACCCGCGAGAAACUAGAGAUAAUCGAACAACCACUUGCAGAAGAGAAGGAGAUUUAUGACAUCUUCUCCGAGUAUGGGAUUCAUCGCCUAGAGGCAUGUCUGGUUGUAGAGCGUCUGAAGGAGAACCCAGAGAUGUGGCUAAAGUUUAUGAUGGACUUUGAGCUCAAACUUACACCGCCAAGAGUCCGUGGUUCUUGGAUCGAAGGUCUCAUCAUGGGCAUCUCAUAUCUUUUUGGCGGUGUUCUUCCGAUGAUCCCCUACUUUGCCUUCAAGACUACCAACCACGCACUUUUUACUUCGAUAGGGAUCACAGUGGUCAUCCUCCUGGCGUUCGGUUACGGAAAGUCGAAAGUGAUGGGUAAUACUGGGAGAGAUUCGCUAGCUAGUGCUAUUCACACUCUCAUUGUUGGUGUAAUAGCUGCGGGGGCGAGUUAUGGAAUUGUCAGAGGAAUUAACUCCGUCCAUAUCGGUGGAGGAACACGCUGA